GGAAUACUGUAGAAUAUUUUCCAGAUCGCUGUCCCAUUAACAUUCCAUGUGUACAAAUAAUUACUCAGAACAUAUAGCUAAUGUGAAUAUCGUGCCUCCACAUACUCACCCAUCUAUUGGAUGGAACGACGAUACGACAAAGGAAGACCUGAGGUUGUCACCUCGUGACCACGACAUCCGCGACAUUGGACCUCUCCCCGCGACACCCACCUCCGAUAUCCCCUCCGUCAUUCCCUUGCUUAUGCGAACCGGUGAUGAGUAAGCAUGUCAUGUACCGUCCCAUUGAGGAAGAUGCGAUUCCAAACACGACAACCGGAAUGACGCGUCCUCUCAAAACCAUGCCAGCCAACUAAAGACAUCCUCCCUCAAGGCCCAACAAGUACAUGGCCAACUAGUAUCACAAGAACUUACCAGAUC